GGAGGGGAUCCUGGGGAGGAGAUCUACAUAGGGAGAGGCAGGGGAGGCGAGCACAGCAAACCUAUGAGAGCACUGACAGCAACACGUAGAAAAAAAACAACAAAAACCUCAUACUAGUUCCUGAUGUAUCUAAAGAUGGAGCUACGGGGGAAGAAAAGUCAGCUUUGUAAAUGAAGUUUAUGGAUCUAGCCUUCAGCAGUAAGGACGCACACAUCCAACAGUGACUAUAUGCUGAAUAAUGGAAUGAAUGGUUGACGAUCUCUGCAUCCAGAUGGUAGAGCAGGACUCAUCUUGGAUUAACUUUUUGUGAUAUGCUGAUUUGUCAAGUACCACUGAUGAAGUCAAACGUUCUCUAAAGCAGUUGGAUUAUUACUAUGACUGUAUUUCCAUUGACCACAUUAAAAUGGAUAUCCAAAACUUGAACGCUUCCAUCAGUACACCAUUGAGUACCGCAGACUACCGAGAACCUGCGACUCCCGCCAUGGAUCAAAUAUCUGCUUUCUUCCAGAGCAUCUACACAAUGUUACAAAAUAAACACGAAGACGGACUCUACAACAGUAUCUGCCUGGGAGUGCUGCUUGCCCUGCCAUUGCUUGUUCUGUUCAUUUCUAGUAUUAUCUGCUGUCAUUUUUGCUGUUGUCGGACCAAAAAAACGAACACGCUCAAACCCCUGCCAAGCAAGAAGAAAAAGAAGAAGAAUGAAGAGGAGGACUUAUGGAUCCCCAGCCCUCAAGCCAAGUCCAUCAUGCUGGAGAAGGUUCCUUCUCUUAAUGUAUAGCAAUGGGACUGUGGACAAUAAACCAUUGGACAGAUUCUUCUUGAUAAGCACAUAUUGGCUGUUACAGCUUAGCAAUAAAAUAUCAAUAAGUGUUAUGGCA